CUCGAGCUCGAGGCCGUGGGAAAGCAGAUUCGCGACCUGGAGGUGAGGCAGGCCCAGCUGAGAGAGCGGAGAACCGCGCUGGAAUCAUCCCGGGCCGACGCUCACAAGUCCGGGGCCCGGUGCACCCAGGACGCGAUCUUCCCAGAUGUCCUUCACUGCGACGCCGGGACACCACGGACCCUGGGUGCAUCCACAGCGGAGGACGCGAGCCGGGUCCCGGGCGACGACUUCUCCCCCUCCUGCCUUCGACAUCUCCAUCCGGAACCGCUUCGCUCCCCUCCGCGAGACAGGACGCGACGCUGUGAUCAUCGGAGACUCCAUCGUCCGACACGUAAGUGCUACGUUAGCCGAAGGUAAAGUGCACACUCAUUGUUUGCCUCGUGCUCGUGUUCUCGAUGUUUCUGCGCAGAUACCCGCGAUCCUGAAGGUCGACGAGAGCCCCAGAGCGGUCGUGCUUCACGCCGGGGUUAACGACACCACGCUGCGGCAGACGGAGACGCUGAAGAGGGACUUCAGCAGCCUGAUCGAGACGGUUCGCAGCACGACGCCCGCGGCGACGAUCGUCAUGUCAGGACCACUGCCCACGUAUCGACGAGGACACGAAAGGUUCAGUAGACUUUUUGCUUUAAAUGAAUGGUUGUUGUCAUGGUGUAAAGAACAGAAACUGCUAUUUGUUAAUAACUGGAAUCUUUUCUGGGAGCGCCCUAGGCUGUUUCGCGCUGAUGGAUUACACCCCAGCAGAAUCGGAGCGGAGCUGCUCUCUGACAACAUCUCCAGGACACUUCGCUCCAUGUGACUAGUAAGACAAUUCUCUAAUAGCUAUUAUGAUGA